CUUCCGGUUGUGGUGUCGGUAACUCUCGCUCGCUUGACUCCUCCUGAUCAGCCGAUCUGCUCCGAGCGACAGCCGGAGAAGGAGCUCUGCACUGCGGGUUCGUCUCUGCCGGCUCACCGAGAGCCUGGAGGUGUGUGUCAGCAGGAUGGUGGCUGACUCAUGACGUAUCCAGCGAUGGCGUCCAGGUUCUCGCAGCGCCUGCUUGGCCUCCGCGCCAAACUGCUGCAGCGCUACGAACACGGGCCCUUCGUGCGGUGUCUGUCGGGUCUGUACGGCUGUCGCUGGAGGCGCUACGAGAGGAGCAGGGGUCAGCCAGGAGAUUGCUGCUGCAGCAAGCUGGAGGGAGCGUCGUUCGCCCUGCUGGUCGUCGCUUUCUGUCUGACGCUGCUCUUCCUCUACUUCUGGGGACAAGCAGAGAACGACUACAACGACUUUGACUGGUUUAACUUUGGUCAUUUGGGGUUCUGGUUCCCCUGGUCUGUGGUUCUGCUGGUCAUCUCUGCAGGGUUCUUCACCUACGUCACUGUGCUCAUGCUCCUGGCGGUGUGUUUACUGUCUGAGGGCCAGAAGCUUCAUUUACACUGGAGUCACAAGGUUGGGAUCCUGAUCAGCCUGAUCUUCUCCGUCGCAGCCACUGCGGUCUUAUCCGACCUGUGGGGAGAAGAAUGGACGACUCUGCUGCUUUCCUUCCAGGUGACGGCGCCGUACCUGCACCUCGGCGGCGUUCUGCUGAUGACAUCACUGGGCUGGCCUGUUGCUCUGCACGUCUUCCGCAUGAACAGCAGCGUGAGGCGGGGGCUGAUCGUGGGGGCUUACCUGUCCGUCCUGCUGACCCUCUACCUGGUUCCUCUGGGCUUGUACUCUCCCUGCAUCAAACAGAAAGGAACGCUGGGCCCCGCGCCGGCGCUGAUCGGCCACCGGGGGGCGCCGAUGCUCGCUCCAGAAAACACGCUGAUGUCGUUCGAGAAGGCGGUGGAAGCCGGAAGCGACGGCCUGGAGACGGACGUUGCAAUAAGCUACGACGGCGUGCCCUUCCUGAUGCACGACCACAACCUGCAGCGCACCACCAACGUCCAGGAGGUUUUCCCAAACCGGACCGGCGCCCCUGCUGCCACGUUCACCUGGAGCGAGCUGGAGGGCCUGAACGCCGGCUCCUGGUUCCUCUCCCAAAAUCCAUUUGGAACAGCCGGUUCGCUGCGGCAGGAGGAGCGGCAGCGAGCGGGAAACCAGUCGGUCUGCAGCCUGCAGGACUUCCUGCAGCUGGCGGGUCAGGCUCAGAAACUGGUGAUCUUUGACCUCUACCGCCCGCCCUACGGCCACCCGUACAGCAACAGCUGGAUCCAGCGAACCCUGGAUGUUCUCUACAACGUGUCGUCCAUCCAGUCAUCGCAGAGAGUAUUCAGCGGUGAACAUCAGCACCAACCUGUAUGUGAUCAGCCAGCCGUGGCUCUACUCUCUGGCCUGGUGCACUGGGGUCCACUCGGUCACCACCAACGCCCCCCAGCUGCUCCGGACCCUGGACUCCCCGCUCCUCCUCAUGAGUCCAGAAGAAUACAACCUGAUGUGGAUUCUCACCGACGUCCUCUCCUUCAUGCUGGUCGUCGCCAUCUUCUAUUUUCACAGGUGGCGGGAACGAAGACUGGCUUUCUGCUCGGACCGAGAAGUGAAGCAGGAUAACGACAGCUGCAGGCAAAACAAACCAGAGAUGGGCGACAUCUGGUCAGUCUCCAGCUCAAACUGUCAAACAGAGAAGAUGCUCAACCUGGCAACCGUGACGGAGCCCUCUAGGCAGAGCUGAUCUGGCAACCUCUCACACUGCCAGUUUUCUGUCAUACUGCAACCAAAUCCCGUCAACGCCAGAAGAAAACGCCAAACAUCAAAUAUUCUCAGGUUAAAUUCCGUUAGUGAUUUAUACUUUAAAGGGGCAGUAUUAUGUAAAAAUCAACUUUUUUGAGCUUUCCAUUAUGUUAUAAUGUUAUUCCCUCAUCAAAAUCAUACAUGGAGUGUUGCCUUGAUUAUUUCCUGCAUGCUUGAGAAAUCUUCAAUCUCCAUGGCAACCAUUCAGCUGUGGAAAAUGCCUGGCUGAACCUAGCCCCGCCUUUGAGGCGUGAGCCAGUGAGCCACUGGUAAAAACGUUGUUAAAGGGUCAAUAGAGGAGCCAUGUUGUGAUGACGUCCUGAAGGCGGAGUUUCAGAAAGAGCAGGAGUUUCUUACAGAGGCAGAGGCUCAAUUUCAAGGUGUUAAAUUACAAAGUAAAAUGUAUUUUUAGUCAUAUUUGAUAUACAUAGCCUUUUUACAACAACUGAAGGUAACAUAGUUACUUGGAUUGUGCUAUUAAAUGGCACCAUGUGCCUGGAAAACACGUAAUACUGCCCCUUUAGUAAUGAUCAAGUUGCACCAUAACAAACUGCCAUUAGCUUUGCUUCACAAUGUGACUGAAAAGAAACUAGUCUGAAAAAACAUCAAUAAACAAUUUAUAUCUGUAUAUCUUUCUGACUGGAUUAAUGUUCCUACUGAUGGAAACAAUAAUGAAGCUGGUUUAGUUGCUUAAAGAUAAGAUUUUUAAUGAGAAUUAUUAUUUUAUACUAGAUACAAAUACCAACAUAUUUUCACAUGUGGUAUUUAUUAUUAUUUGGAUGGGAGGUUUCUGUUCCUCCACCAUCAGUCUCAGCAGUGCUGUACCAUCCUGUUUGUUGAGCCCAGUUCAAAGUUAUUUUUAGCGUUUUGUGCCAAAACCUUGACAGAAGCAAUCUGUAUGAAGAAAAUCCAAAAUGUCUGGAUAGUUGAUCACAUUGAAGCUCUGAAGUCUGAUGUGUAUGUUUUAGAUUUUAAACAGCAGCAUAGAGAGCUAUUUAUUUCUGUGUUGUAGGCAUCAAAGUAUUUUUUAUUAAAGAACUCAAACAAGCUGA